ACUAACUUUCACUCUGUUGAAAUAUCUGUACUUGAGAAACUGUGGAAGAGCAUUUAAACAGUUGUAUCCCAUGUAGUCCGCUUCUUACUCACGGCAAUUACGAUUAAACGUUUCAAAACAGAAACAUUUGUAUUUUCCGGUGGUCAAUCAUCAUUGAUGAAACUAAACAGGGGUCUGAGUCGAUCGUCGAUAGAAUCGCUCACACAGCGAGUUGUGACAGUGCUGAACUGUCAUCUGAAAAGGAGUGUGCUGCUGAGUGCUCGAGCUUUAAAGACAGUACCAACAAGACAGAGAUACCCGGAAGGCACGAAAGUUAAUUUAGGUGACUAGAAUGAAUCGUUUCAAGACCUCCAAAUUCAAAAACACCACCCCGAAGAUCGCCAAGAAAGAUGGCUGGAUCAGUAAUGUCCGGGCAGGAUCCUUCACCUCUCAGGGGAACCACAUCAAAUCCAGCACCAGGCUUGUGGCCUUCAACACUGACCAGGCCGGUGGAGGAAUGCUCGGCCUCACUUCUGUGGAACCAGGGUCUGAUGGCAAGUGGACAGUGACUGUGAUCCCAUGUCAUGCUGAUCUGAUAACUGAUUUGGACUUCUCUCCGUUUGAUGAUAAUCUCCUGGCUACCUGUUCUGCAGAUGAAACGGUGAAGCUGUGGCGUGUGUGUGAACCAGAACAGGAGCAGCCCGGGGGGGCGGAGGUGACCCUGUGUCCCGGAGAGGGUCGUCUGGAGCUGGUCGCCUUCCACCCCACCUCCUCUGGCCUGCUGGCUGUGGGCUCCACCAAGACAGCCCAGCUCUGGGACACCAGCCGCCAACAAUCACCGCUAGCAGCUCUGGAGCCGCACGGUGAUCAGCUGCAGAGUCUUAGCUGGAAACAGGACGGCUCCCUGCUGGCUUCCUCCUGCAAGGACAAAAAGCUGCGAGUCUUUGACCCAAGAGCCCAGCUGACACCUGUUCAGAGUGCCCAGGGACUUCAGAGUAACAAGGACUCUCGAAUCCUUUGGGUCAAGGACUCUGACCACAUACUUACCACUGGCUUCGAUCAGAUGCGGGGUCGGGAGGUGAGACUGUGGGACAGCAGGAAGUUGGGAUCCUCUCUGGGCUCUGCCAACCUGGGCACCUCCAAUGGGUGAGUACAUGUUGACCAUGCUGUUAGUCUGUCUGUAUGUGU